AUGGUUCGUCUAUACCCCACGUUCAAGGCAGAAAAAGUCCUCGGGGUGGUUGCUAGCCCGUACGGGACUGUCAUAGGCGCACAUGGAGGGGGUGGUAGUUACUUCGUUGGAAACCAGACGAUAGGUUUCUUCCGAUUGCCAUGCGCACCAUCCAGUACGCGGAAAAGCGUUUCAGACCUGGACUCGCAACCGCGAAAGGAUCGGAGUCUGAAGCGUGGCCCACUUCUGUACGUUGCAGUGGCCGCUGUGGAGGCCGUUCACGUUUGGGAGACACGACGUGCCCGCCUUGUCGCGAGACUGACCAAUGUGUCAGUGCUAUCUCCGGUAACGUGCAUCAGCUGCACCCUGGAUCUCGGGUCACUGACUAAGCACACAGACCAGGAUCAACGACGCUCUUCGGGUCCACAAAUGGUGUCGUCUGUAUGGUAUAUGAUUGCUGCCGGCCAUGCUGACGGUACGAUAUCGCUCUACGUGCUCCAAGCGAGCGAAGGACAAGCCAGGAGUACUUGGUACGACAAAGCAGCGUACCCGUUUGGGCAAACCCAAGGAGACGCUACCCAGUCGGAGCCAUCAGCCGCAUCAGGUGGCGUGGAUCACGCUGUGUUCAGACUCUGCGAUACGAAGCGGCUUCAGGGGCAUCGAAGUGGCGUGACUUGUCUCGCCUUCUCUGGAGACAGCGCCCAUCUCGCCUGCGGAUGCCGAAACGGAGAUGUCAGCCUCUGGGACAUUUGGUCGGAACAGUGCAUUCUCCAGCUUCGCGGUCUUCAUUCGGAUCUGGUGACCUCGCUGUGCUUCAUUGGGAAUUCCGAAGACAACAUUACGUUCGAUGCAAUGCAAAGCACCAGACGAGGUAACGCGCUGUACCGAGGAAAAGUGCUUCUGAGCAGCGGCAAGGAUGCCGUGAUUAAACUGGUGGAUCUGGAAACGCAAGACUGCCUUCAGGCGCUGUUUUGUGAACAGAGCGCCAUAUGGAGCACCGUAUACCUAGCGAAGCGGAAACUGUUUCUCGCUGGAAAUAACGACGGGGACAUUCACCUUUGGCGGCAGAAUGCAGCGGCCUCUGGUGACGCGCACGCAUGGCGCCCGCCGUCGCAUGGCACGCAUUUCACGAAGAUCGGCGUCGUGCAUCGAGCCCGCGCACGAUCGCGACUUUUGGGCCUCUGCGCGGCGCCUGAUGAUUCUUUUGUGAUCGGCUUCGAUGCGGAUCGAAACUUGGAGUUUUACGAGGUACGUGAUGAGAGUGGUGUCAAGCGACAUAUCAAGAGAAGGCGCAAACGGGCAGCGAAAAAACAUGCGAUGGAGCAUGUUUCAAGUGCGAAUUCAUGCCUCGAGGGCGAAUCCGGUGACGGAGACGAUGCGAUGCGCAAUGAGCUGGAAGCGUCGGAUUUUCUCUGUCUGCGCUUGCAAACCAAGUUUGAGUGUAAGAUCUUAUCACUUGCAUGUAUUACAAACGGUGAUAGAUUCGGAAAAGAUCGCAUGGAAAACUUAAUGUUUAUCGUUCAUCGCGCAAAUAACGCUGUGAGCGUUGAAAACGCAUGCAUGAUUCUCGGAGACACACAAAACGAGGUUUCGGGCGAGAUAAGCCUAGCAAAUGUGACGAAUGCUACUCGCGAGACCAGGCUCGAAACGUCCCCCGUUCGAGUGUCUGGAGUGGAGUGCGCAUUGUAUAUUGGCGGCGACGGGCAUCCGCAACCUGUCACCGCCCUUGCCCUAUCUGAUGACUUCGAUCAGUUUCUGAGCGCCAGUAUGAAAUCCGUUCCAUUACCUCGAGUCGGCCAUCCGCUGAUCCUAUCAGCGGCGCAGGACAUUCGAAUUUGGAAUAGUGGCACAGGGCAGUGCCUGUGCUCUAUAGAGCUUCCGGAUGCAGGUGAAAGGAAGAGACCAACCGUGACUGCUGUCAUGUUUCUGCGCCCGCCGUCCGACGCGGGAGCUUCCUUUGUCGAGGGGAAGUAUGCAGCUGUAGCAACGAACAAAGGUGCCGUCAUGAUUCUCGACUGCGAAUCGGGAGUGAUUCUGGAAAAGCAAUCGAUAGCGCCAGCGAAUGGGGCACCUACAGGACCAGUCAUUCGGGCGAUGGCACAAUCAGCUUCGGGUAAUUUCAUAGCAGUGGGCGGCAACGCCGGCUUUGUUAGUUUCCACCGCUUGAGCUUCUCUGGAACAACCUGGAGCGUUCACGAUGCUCCUCGACUCGAGGUUGCAAAUGAAAUUACAGCGCUAUGCUUCACGCCUAACGAGGAACUCAUCCUUGUUGCGCUCACGGAUAUGACGGUUCGUGCGUUCCGAAUGGAUUCACUCUCUUUUGCACUUUCUUUCUAUGGACACAAGUUGCCGGUAACCACCAUGGACAUUAGUGGUGACUCGAAGAUGCUUGUUACGGGCUCCAUGGACAAAUCGAUCAGACUUUGGGGGCUGCAAUUCGGCGACUGCAUUAGAUGCAUCUCGCGCGCCCACGAAGAUGGUGUCACAUGCGUGCGCUUCGACUAUAGUAAUCCUCGCUGCUUUUGGUCUGGCGGACGGGACGGCAGUCUGCGCUACUGGGACGCUGAUCUUGCUGCUGAUCGAAGUUUUAUUUGCACACUUGACGGCAAGAAUGUGCUCGCUGAAAAUGGCUGGGGCCACCGCAGCGGUACGGUCACAAGCAUCGCGCCAAGCGGUCGAGGGGAAAUCGUCGUCAGCGCUGGAACGGACCAUAGCAUCCGUGUUUGGCAUCGUCUGGAUGAUCAGAUUGUUGCUGGAGAAGAAGGCGAACGAGCUCUUCGAGAGCACUUCGAAACGGACGCUCUGAAGGAUCAAGAAUCGGACUACAUAGGAAUCAUUGAGGCAGAGGAGAAUGAAAGUGAAGCAGCCUACGAGCCAGCGACCAGCGUCGGGAGCAUUCACAACACACCAAACUCUCUGAAAACCCUGGACAGUAUUGCUGCUACAGAUCGAAUCAUUGAGCAGAUGGCGAGAUUCGAGGAUGAAACUCGUUUGGAUGGGUCCUCCGCGAAAAAACAGCGCAUCAGCGAAUUGCUUCCACUUCUGCGGAGUAUCCGCACAACGCAUUACAAUGCGGCGCUCACCGCGUUACCGAUGGGCUCAGCAUUGAUGCUCGCUCGAAUUUGCCUCGAAACGGCGGAACACCCGGAAGAUUUCAUCCAGUGCUCUCUAAGUGAUCGAGAGUUACUCAUUCGCACGGUUUUGAAAUUGAUCAAGGAUCGAUUUCGAGAAUUCUGUGUUCAUAUUGCAGGUCCCGAAGGAAACCAGACCAGAAAAUUCGUUUCGACUUUCCGGCAGCGAGCACAAGCUUUUGUACGCGAUUCGCGCAGCAUUGUCGGGAUGAAUAUCGCCGCUUUGCGGAUGAUUUAG